GAAAUGCGGAAGUUUCUGUGUCAGAUGAUUCAGGUCGUGUGGUUCAGCUCGGUUCUAAGGAAUUCCUUAACCAGACUCUGUUUGUGUGUAGUGUUUUUCAAAGUCUAAUACAUUGAGCACAAGCAAUUUAUUUUGUCCUGGAGCGAUUUCAUCCAGAAUGCAGAACGUUAUAAACUCGGUGAAAGGCACAGCUCUGGGAGUGGCAGAGUUUUUAACGCCAGUUCUGAAGGAAUCUAAGUUUAAGGAAACAGGGGUCAUUACUCCAGAGGAGUUUGUUGCUGCCGGAGAUCACUUGGUUCAUCACUGCCCGACAUGGCAAUGGUCAUCUGGAGAAGAAGCAAAAGUGAAGCCCUAUCUUCCCAAAGACAAGCAGUUUCUAUUAACCCGAAAUGUACCCUGCUACAAGCGCUGUAAACAGAUGGAGUACUCUGAUGAACUGGAGGCCAUUAUAGAAGAGGAUGACGGAGAUGGAGGAUGGGUUGAUACUUAUCACAACGCUGAUGUCACAGGAGUGACGGAAGCGGUUCGGGAAAUCUCUUUGGAUAAUAAGGACAAUAUGAAUAUGAACGUGCAGGCGGGUGGAAACGGUGGUGAUGACGACGAUGAGGAUGGUGAAGGAGAAGCAGCAGACAUGGAAGAAUAUGAAGAAAGUGGACUUUUGGAGACAGAUGAUGCCACUCUUGAUACAAGUAAAAUGACGGCAGACUUGAGUAAAACAAAGGCAGAGGCUGGCGGAGAGGACGGCGUCCUACAGACUAGAACUUAUGAUCUUUAUAUCACAUAUGACAAAUAUUAUCAGACACCGAGACUGUGGCUAUUUGGAUAUGAUGAGGACAGACAGCCUUUGACCGUGGAUCAGAUGUAUGAAGAUAUCAGCCAGGAUCACGUCAAGAAAACCGUCACUAUUGAGAAUCACCCUCACCUUCCUCCACCUGCUAUGUGCUCGGUGCAUCCAUGCAGACAUGCGGAAGUGAUGAAGAAGAUUAUCGAGACUGUGGCAGAAGGAGGAGGAGAACUUGGGGUCCAUAUGUAUCUCCUGAUUUUCUUGAAAUUUGUACAGGCCGUCAUUCCCACAAUAGAAUACGAUUACACAAGGCACUUCACCAUGUAACUCGCCAAACGGCUGCCCAUGACUUUGACCACAUAUUUGGGUGUUUUUUCGAAUAGAGGCUGUUACUGCGGUGACAAAACUGUCCUGAAAAGACUUAAAGCUCUACACUGAUUUCAAGGAAUCUAGGGGUGUCAGACAGACAUGCUUAAAUCCACAUCGCUCCAUUCUUCUUCUUCAGCUUCCUCACCGUAUUAGUCAGAUGCUCUUAACAAUGUUUUAUUUUAUACAUGCAAGAGUCAUUCUUUUAGUUUUAAUGGCAAACAAUAAAUGGCUGUCAAAAUA